AUGUCCAUGAUCACGACAACGGCCUGGGUGCCGCGCGGGUUUGCGGCACCCUUCCCGACCAAGUCCAAAUUCGACGAGGCCGAGUUCCAGCGCAUCGCGAACCUGGCCAAGCUGAAGCUCGAGGGCGCGAAGGAGGACCUCGAGGAGGCCGAGGCCGCUGAGGCUGCUGAGGGCGACCGCAUGGAGGACGACGCCGAGGAGAGCGCUAAGGAGAACGGCGCUGGAGCUGGGGUUGAUGGUGGUGCUGGCUCCAAGAAAAAGAAGGAGAAGAAAACAAAGACGGCAGAAGAAAUCGCCAUCGAUGAGGAGCUCAAGGAGUACGACUUUGAGCACUACGACGACUCAGACGAAGAUGGGGAGGGCCAGCCGCUAGCCAUGUUCGGAAACAUCAAGUCGCUCGCCUACUACGAGUCUAACGACGACGACCCGUACAUCACGCUGAAGGACGACCCCGAGAUGGAAGAAGAGCGCGAGGAUUUGCAGAUCCUGGCCACCGACAACCUGCUGCUGGCGGCCAAGGUCGAGGACGAGCUCGCGCACCUUGAAGUCUACGUCUACGAGGACGAGGCCGACAACAUGUAUGUUCACCACGACAUCAUGCUGCCGGCCAUCCCGCUGUGCCUGGAGUGGCUCGACAUCCCGGUCAACAAGGAGGGUGUCGACAAGAACGGCGUGGGCAACUUCGUGGCGAUCGGCACCAUGGACCCCGACAUAGAGAUCUGGGACUUGGACACCAUCGACUGCAUGUACCCGAACGCCAUCCUGGGUGCGGGAGGCGAUGUAGAGGCCGAGGGCAAGAAGAAGAAAAAGAAGAAGAAGUCCAAAAAGGCCAACGAUGAGUACCAUGUCGACGCAGUCCUGUCCCUUGCCGCGAAUCGCAAGCAUCGCAACCUCCUCGCUUCCGCCUCUGCCGACAAGACCAUCAAACUCUGGGACCUGCACACAACCAAAUGCGCCAAAUCCUACACCUACCACACCGAUAAAGUCUGCUCGAUCGCCUGGCACCAAGUCGAAUCAACCGUCCUCCUCAGCGGCAGCUACGAUCGGACGGCGGCCGUAGCCGACAUGCGCGCUCCGGGCGAGCAGCCGCUCCGCGUCGGCGUCGAGUCGGACGUGGAAACCGUCCGGUGGGACCCGCACGACCCGAACUUCUUUUACGUUUCGACAGAGCGCGGCAUCAUCCACCACUUCGACGCGCGCACAAUCGGGCGGGACCCGGCUGCGAGCAAGACGGUUUGGAAGCUGCAGGCGCAUGACGAGUCCGUGUCGUGCUUCGACCUGAACCCCAUCAUCCCCGGCUUCAUGGCGACGGGCUCGACGGACCGGACGGUCAAGAUCUGGAAUAUAACGCCCGAUAAUGGCCCGUCUCUUGUUGUUUCCCGUGAUUUUGGGGUUGGCAAGGUGUUUUCGACGACCUUCGCUCCUGACAAGGAGGUUGCGUUCAGGUUGGCUGUUGCCGGUUCCAAGGGUGUGGUCACCAUCUGGGACACCAGCACGAAUGCCGGUGUUCGGAAGGCGUUUGCCCACCGCCAGGCUGAUUUACCUUCGGUGGAGGGCAAAGAGGAGGAUAGGCUGGUGGGGCUGGCGGAGGAUGAGGACGAGGAGGAGAGCAGCGAUGAAGGGGAGGAUGGUGUGGAGGGGAGUGACAGUAGCGAGGAUGAAGAGGGGGCGAGGUCGGGGGAUGCGAUGGAUGAGGAUUGA